AUGGAUAAUUUAUGGACCCGUCGAGCAAACACCGGUAAACUCUCACUGACCACAAAUUCUGGUCCCAACGGCGCCUCCAACGAACCAUCCUCUUCCCGCAACGCAUCUUUUGCCAAGCGCGCGGGCGGCGACAAUGCAUCGUCCCUGCGCCCGGGGCCCCUCAGUGCUACAACACCUGGUGGAGGGCUGACCUCGCCAACGGGCGCAUCCAGCGCUUUUGGCCUGGGCUCAGGCGCAUUUGCUUCCUUUGGCUCUGCGAAGACGCCCAAGUCCGGAGGUAAUCCUUUCGACACGGCCAUGGGCACGGCGGCACCCAAGCCCGGCGUCGUAAAAGACGCCAAGCCAAUCGGCAAGACUCCCAGCAUGGCCUCGAUCUCUGAGGCUAGAUCUCUCGACGGUACAGUGCCCACUUUACAUCUGCUCAUAGAUUCAUGGACCUUCUGGUAUCGUCCACCCAUCUCCAAGGCGCAUGGGUACAUUGAAUAUGAGCAUACGUUGCAUCCUAUUGCAACGGUUCGAGCGGCGGAAGAGUUUUGGGAUGUAUAUGAGCACCUGAAGCGCCCUUCGACGCUGCCCGUGGUAUCGGAUUAUCAUCUCUUCAAAAAGGAUAUCCGGCCGAUUUGGGAGGACGAUGUCAACAAGAAAGGUGGCAAGUGGGUGGUGAGGCUGAAGAAGGGUGUGGCUGAUCGUUACUGGGAAGACCUCCUCUUGGCGCUCAUUGGCGAUCAGUUCUUCGAGGCGGGCGAGGACGUAUGCGGCGCCGUGCUCAGUGUCCGAAAUGGCGAAGAUAUUUUGAGUAUCUGGACCAAGACGGACGGUGGCCGCGUGCUCAAGAUUCGCGAACUCAUGAAGCACAUUCUCAAGCUGCCCGCCAACACGCGCGUCGAGUUUCGAAGUCACGACUCGAGCAUCCAACAACGCACAGCCCUCGACGAGCAGCGCCGUGAGAAUCAGAAGGCCAGAGAGGCCAACCCUGAGAAGCGGCCUGCGAGAAGUGAGAUGAACUAG